AUGUUAUCGCUUGUCGCCUUUUGUCCACCUUUCGUUAUUCUCCUAUGGUAUACAAUGGUUCAUCAGGAUGGUUCUGUUACCAAGACCGGUGAAUUCUUGUGGCGGAAUGGAGGUCAAGGACUCAUCAGCAUAUGGCCAAGACCAACUUUGAUUGCUUGGAAGAUAAUUUUUUGCUAUGGAGCAUUUGAGGCUGCUCUACAGUUGCUUCUGCCUGGUAAAAGAGUUGAGGGUCCAAUAUCUCCAACGGGAAACCGACCAGUUUACAAGGCCAAUGGUAUGGCUGCUUAUAUUGUGACACUAGCCACCUAUAUUGGUCUUUGGUGGUUUGGGAUAUUCAGCCCUGCAAUUGUCUAUGAUCACUUGGGUGAAAUUUUUUCGGCACUAAUAUUCGGAAGUUUCAUAUUUUGUGUUCUCUUAUACAUAAAAGGUCACGUCGCACCUUCAUCAAGUGAUUCUGGUUCAUGUGGUAACCUCAUAAUUGACUUCUAUUGGGGCAUGGAGUUGUACCCUCGAAUUGGUAAGAACUUUGACAUCAAGGUUUUUACUAAUUGCAGAUUCGGAAUGAUGUCUUGGGCCGUUCUUGCAGUCACGUACUGCAUAAAACAGUAUGAAAUAAAUGGGAGGGUAUCUGAUUCAAUGCUGGUGAACACCAUACUAAUGCUGGUGUAUGUCACAAAAUUCUUCUGGUGGGAAGCUGGUUAUUGGAACACCAUGGAUAUUGCACAUGACCGAGCUGGCUUCUAUAUUUGCUGGGGUUGUCUUGUGUGGGUGCCUUCUGUGUACACCUCUCCAGGCAUGUACCUUGUGAACCACCCCAUCGAACUUGGAACUCAGCUGGCAAUAUACAUUCUCGUUGCGGGAAUUCUUUGCAUUUACAUCAACUAUGACUGCGAUAGACAAAGGCAAGAGUUCAGGAGGACAAACGGAAAAUGUUCGGUUUGGGGAAGAGCCCCGUCAAAGAUAGUAGCAACGUAUACUACAACAUCUGGUGAAACUAAAACCAGUCUUCUCUUAACCUCUGGAUGGUGGGGAUUGGCUCGUCAUUUCCAUUAUGUUCCUGAGAUCGCAAGUGCUUUCUUCUGGACGGUACCAGCUCUUUUCGAUAACUUCUUGCCAUACUUCUACGUCAUAUUUCUCACCAUUCUUCUCUUUGAUCGAGCCAAAAGAGACGAUGAUCGAUGCCGAUCAAAGUAUGGGAAAUAUUGGAAGCUGUAUUGCGAGAAAGUUCGAUACAGAAUCAUUCCGGGAAUUUAUUGA